GUGUGUGUGUGUGCAGUUGAGAUGUACCGAAAGGUGUUCUGCACUUGGUUUUUUAUCUGCAUUUGUUAGAUAAUUCAUACAUACAGACAAUUUUUAAAAAAUUAUCUACGAACUGAUAAUAUUCGUAUUGAAAUAAUACCUAUAAAAAAGAGAAAGUACUGUGGAGAUUAUUGCAAAAUCAUUUUCGAUUUGCAGAUGGUCCGUAAAUGAGAGGAAGUCAUCCGAUUUCCAUCAAUUAUAUUUAUAGUGUCUAAGGUUUAUUUUUACGUUUGGAAGUCGACAAAUAAAGUAUCAUGUACACGUUCAUCAGUUAAAGAGAUAAUACACCUCCAACGAAAAUUUGGAUUAUAUUGCUGUUGAACGUUGUGGUACCUUAUAUAGAGAGAGGUGAUGCGACCAAAUCUUGGAUUAAAUAUAUCAAUUGCAACGUUUUUUGUAAAUUAAGAAAAAAUAAAAGAAAAAAAAAAUGGAAUCAUCUGUAGCGGGACGAAGACGAACUGCCACAAGGCAUUCUGCUGAAGAUCAAGCUUUGGAUCAAAUUGCCAAAGAGGCAGAAGCGAGAUUAGCAGCUAGAAGACAAGCUAGAGCCGAAGCUAGAGAAAUUCGAAUGCGUGAAUUAGAGAGACAACAAAAGGAAGCUGAAGAAAACGCAGACCGUGUAUACGAUAUGUGUACAGCUGACAGUAAUCGCACAAUGAGAGUUACACCAGAUCCUAUCAGAACAUCUCGUCUUCUUGCAAAUUCAAAUAAUUUUCAGUCUAGUCGAAGAUCAUCUGAAGAUUCAUUAGAAGAUGCUGGUCUUGGCAGAGAUCCUAGGGUGGAAUUGAAAGAGUUUGAGGAAAAAUUUAGAAAAGCAAUGAUUGCAAAUGCUCAAUUGGAUAAUGAGAAAUCGUCUUAUGCUUAUCAAGUGGAUUUAUUAAAAGAUAAAUUAGAGGAGUUAGAGGAGACGGUUGCCCAAUUACGAAGAGAAUUGAGAGAAAAAAAUCGAGACGCUGAACAUUUGAAACGUGUUAGUCAAAGGUUGAAAGAAGAUUUAGAUUUAUGUAGAGCUCAAUUAAUAGAAAGAGAUACUUUAAUUCAGGAAAAUGGUUUAGUAAUAGUAGAAGAUGAAGGAAGUGACAGUGAAGAAGUGGAAGGAGAAAAUGGUCUUCGUUCAAGGAAAAGAGUUUUAGUUAGUACAGAAGCUGCAGAAGUAUUGCAAAAUGCUGGAGAAGGUUCUUUAGAUGUCCGGUUAAGAAAGUUUGCGUCAGAGAAAAAGGAAUUACAGGAUGAAAUUCGACAUCUGAGGUUAGAAGUUGAAGAAGCUCGAAGUCGCAUGAGGCCAGAAAGAACUGCAGGUUUAAUGUUAGGUGGAUUUUCCGAUUCAGAAGAUAUUCAACGAGAGGCCAAUAAAUUGAUUGCUGAUUAUAAAUUUAAACUUCAAAAAGCCGAACAAGAUAUGUCAACAUUACAGGCAACAGUUGCUAGGCUAGAGAGUCAAGUUAUUCGUUAUAAAUCAGCUGCGGAAGCAUCGGAAAAAGCCGAAGAUGAAUUAAAAGUAGAAAAGAGAAAAUUACAAAGAGAAUUCAGAGAAUCUCAAGGACGUGUUGAAGAAUUGGAAACUGCCAACACCCAUUUACAACGAAGAUUAGAUAAGUUGAAAAAUGCAAGGUCUACUCUUUUAAAGGAAAUUUGAUAAGUAAAAAUUGUUUUUAAAAAUGGUGGAAUAUUUAAACAUGAAACUUGAAUUCAAGUUCAAUAUAUAAAUAUAUAUAUAUAUAAAUAUAUUAUAUAUAUAGACUUAUAAACUGGUUGUAUCGUAACUUAUAGAUAAGAGCAAUAUUAUCGUUUUUACGUUAUUCGUAUUUAGAAGGAAAAAAAAAAAGGCAAACUUGAUUUUAUUAGAAUAAAGUGUUAAAAUGACAACGUACUCAGUAAAAUGCCAAAGCAUUAAUAAAAAAAAAAAAAUAUGGAAAUCGUUACCCUUAAAGAAUCUUGUUGAAGUUGAAAUCAGUUCAUGACGAAUAACAUGAUAUUAAUUUUAUCCAUGAAUUAUGAAACACCAUUUUAUAUACAUUUAUAUUAAAACAAAACAAAAAAAAAUUUUAUAUAUACAUUUAUGACUCUGGAAACUAUAAUUAAUUUAAACAUUUGCAUAAUUAAACAAAAAUUUCCAGUGAAAUUUUUUCCCAUUUUUCUGCUUUUGAAAUUAAUUUUUAAAAUAUUUGUUUGUAAUCGUUUUUCUACGUACACACGUAAACAUUUAUAUUUUCAUAUCUUAUUUUAUAAAAGUAAUCUUAAUGUUAUACAAUCCGUUAGUGCAAAAUAUGAUUUUAAACAUUUAAUAAGAAACAAAUUUUAACACCUCUUUUUUUUAUAAAUAAAAUGUUUCUAUCUAGAUAUUUCAAAAUUAAACUUUUGUUUAUAAAAAAAAAAAAUUGUUUUUAAAAAUAAUACUUAAAAUGCAGUUUUUACAAUUAUAAAUUAUUCUAAACAUGUUAAAAACUCUUGUAAGCAUUUUAUAAAAUAUUUUUAUAGUUGAUUGUAUUUAUUCUAAAAAAAAAAAUUAAAUAUAACGCAGAAUCAUAAUUACCGUUUUUUUUUAAAUAUAUUUGAAAAAAUUCUGUAAUAAAAAAAUGUUUGUAGUUUUUAUAAUAUUGCUAAUACAUAAACGAACACAUGCAUUUGAUAAAUAUUAAUUAUCUAUCAUUUAUGAUAGUUCCUGUAUGAGAGGAUUCUAUUGUACGAGCGAUUAGUUCUUGUUUAUAUGACUGAACACAUAAAUUUUGAAAAUUUAUAAAUAUUAUUAUUCUUUACUUGUUUUUUGUAAUUAGUAAUGAAUUAAAUAAAAAUUAAAUUGUU